CUCGGCUUUGAGCGCGGCCGAGCAGGAGAGAGUGGCAGUGAAUGUAUCUGCGGCAGCAUUUAGCCUCCAUAACAAACAAGAAAAACAGCCCCCCCCCCACACACAAACUAGAACCGACAGAGACACGACCGAACCACCCCUGCUGCUGUUCCCGGCGAACCCGACUCACUCUGGACUAUGAUAGAACCCGAACUCCGGCUGCUAACGGUCCGCUGUUGUGACGACAAGAGGCGUAUGGCACAUCUGUAGAGCAUAAUGAGGGCACCCGCUAUUCGUCGCCGUGCUUUUUCCUCCAAGUUGUAGCGAGACGCGAGGUGACACUAUUUUUUUUUUAACUUUUUUUUUUUUAAAUGCGUCGCUUUUAGAAAUCCUCGCCAGGAAAACCGAGGAGCCCGUGGAAAACCAGCGAAAUCCCUCCUCCCGUGGCCCCCGGAGAACAGUGAAGUCAUUUGAGAAGAAGUCACCGGAGAAGAAGAAGAAGAAGACACGUCUGAAUCAUCCCGUUAGUCUCACCGUUUUGGAAGAAGAAGAAAAAAAACCCUUUUACUUUUUGACAUUUUUUUUUCAAGCCUUACAUGUUUUUGUCUUUCUGAUCAUUCAACACACCUACCCUCCGUGGGCAUUUAUCCCCCCCUCCCCCCGUGAAAAGGAUGCCGGAUCAAAUCUCGGUGUCCGAGUUUCUCUCGGAAACGACAGAGGAUUACAACUCCCCGACCACGUCCAGCUUCACCACCCGGCUGCAGAGCUGCAGGAACACCGUCAACGUGCUGGAGGAGGCUCUUGACCAGGACCGAACGUCUCUUCAGAAGGUGAAGAAGUCAGUGAAGGCGAUCUACAACUCGGGUCUAGAUCACGUCCAGAAUGAAGAAAACUACGCCCAAGCUCUGGACAAAUUUGGUAGCAACUUCAUCAGCCGGGACAACCCCGACCUGGGCACGGCCUUCGUCAAGUUCUCCUCCCUCACCAAGGAGCUGUCGGCGCUGCUGAAGAACCUGCUUCAGAGUCUCAGCCACAAUGUGAUCUUCACCCUGGACUCGCUCCUGAAGGGGGACUUGAAAGGCGUGAAGGGGGACAUAAAGAAGCCCUUUGACAAAGCAUGGAAAGACUACGAGGCCAAGUUCACAAAGAUCGAAAAGGAGAAGCGGGAGCACGCCAAGCAGCACGGGAUGAUCCGGACCGAAAUCACCGGGGCCGAGAUCGCCGAGGAGAUGGAAAAGGAACGGCGCCUGUUUCAACUCCAGAUGUGUGAGUACCUGAUCAAAGUAAAUGAGAUCAAGACCAAGAAAGGAGUGGACCUCCUGCAGAACCUGAUUAAGUAUUACCACGCACAGUGCAAUUUCUUCCAGGAUGGCUUGAAGACAGCAGAUAAGCUGAAGCAGUACAUUGAGAAGCUGGCAGCUGAUCUCUACAAUAUCAAACAAACUCAGGAUGAGGAGAAGAAGCAGCUGACCGCCCUGCGAGACUUGAUCAAGUCCUCCCUCCAGCUGGACCAGAAGGAGUCUAGAAGAGACUCGCAGAGUAAGCAGGGGGGCUACAGCAUGCACCAGCUGCAGGGAAACAAGGAGUUUGGCUGCGAGAAGAAAGGCUACCUGAUGAAGAAGAGUGACGGGCUGAGGAAGGUGUGGCAGAGGAGGCAGUGCUCUGUGAAGGGGGGCAUCCUCACCAUCUCCCACGCCACGUCCAACAGGCAGCCCGUCAAACUCAACCUGCUCACCUGCCAGGUGAAGCCAAGCACUGAGGACAGGAAAUGUUUCGAUCUCAUCUCCCAUAAUCGGACAUAUCACUUCCAGGCUGAAGAUGAACAGGAGUUUGUCAUUUGGAUCUCAGUGCUGACCAACAGUAAGGAGGAGGCGCUAAACAUGGCGUUUCGUGGCGAGCAGAGCAGCGGCGGCGAGGACGGAUUAGAGGACUUGACUAAAGCCAUCAUUGAAGAAGUGCUGCGCAUGCCAGGCAACGAGGUGUGCUGCGACUGCGGAGCUGCAGAUCCUAAGUGGCUCUCCACCAACCUGGGCAUCCUCACCUGCAUCGAGUGCUCGGGCAUCCACAGGGAGAUGGGGGUGCACAUUUCCCGAAUCCAGUCCAUGGAGCUCGACAAGUUAGGGACCUCAGAACUCUUGCUGGCUAAGAACGUUGGGAACAGUAGCUUCAACGAGAUCAUGGAGGGAAACCUCCCCUCUCCUUCACCGAAGCCCACCCCCUCCAGUGACAUGACGGUGAGGAAGGAGUUCAUCACCACCAAGUACGUGGACCACAAGUAUGCCAGGAAGACCUGCACGUCCGCGUCGGCCAAGAUGAUCGAGCUGUUUGAGGCGGUCCAGUCUCGAGACCUGCUGGCUCUGAUUCAGGUCUAUGCAGAGGGGGUGGAGCUUAUGGAGCCCCUCCCGGAGACCGGACCGGAAGCCGGGGAGACUGCGCUCCACUACUCCGUACGGACGGCGGAUCACACCUCGCUGCACCUGGUGGACUUCCUGGUGCAGAACAGCGGUAACCUGGAUAAACAGACGGAGUACGGGAACACCGCCCUGCAUUACUGCUGCAUGUAUGAAAAGCCAGAGUGCCUCAAGUUACUGCUGAGGGGCAAGCCGGCCUCCGACAUCACCAAUCAGAACGGGGAGACGGCUCUGGAUGUUGCCAGGCGACUGAGGAACAGUCAGUGCGAGGAGGCACUUAUGCAGGCUGCAGAGGGGAAGUUCAACCCUCACAUCCACGUGGAGUACGAGUGGAGCCUCAGGCUGGAGGAGAUGGACGAGAGCGACGAUGACCUUGACGAUAAGCCCAGUCCCAUCAAGAAGGACCGCUCCCCGAGGCCUCAGAGCUUCUGCCACUCCUCCAGCCUCUCCCCCCACGACAAGCUCUCCCUGCCGGGCUUCAUCAGCCAGAGGGACAAGCAGCAGCGCCUGUCCUACAGCGCCUUCACCAACCAGAUGUACAGCGCCUCCACCGACCUCAGCUCCUCCCCCGUGGCGGACGGGCCGCCACUGCCUCCCAGGAACCAGGGCAAAGCUCCUCCCCCAUCCGGCCCUCUCUCCACACUCACGACAGGAGGCAGCUCCACCCUGUCCAAGAAGAGACCUCCGCCCCCUCCUCCCGGACACAAACGCACCCUGUCUGACCCACCCGGCCCUCUCUGUCACAGUCCACACAGUAAAGGGGGCUUAUCCGGGGGGAGCGACUCCACGCCUCCGCCGGCCAGUAAGAUGUCUCCCGUUUCCAACAAGUUUGAGGGCAUUCCUCAGCAGCAAAGCACUACUUCAAGCAACACAAAGUCCACACUUGGUCCAAGGGUUCUUCCCAAACUACCUCAGAAAGUGGCGUUGCGUAAGAUCGACACCAUCCAUCAUCCGUCUGUGGACAAGCCCAGCCUCCCUCCAGAGGUCUUCCAGAAGUCCCCCCCAGCAGACCCGCAGAAGGCUCCGCUGGCAGAGAGGCCUCAGCUGGGCGACCUGCCCCCAAAACCGCAGGCGUCCGAACUGCCCCCCAAACCCGGAGAGCUUCCUCCAAAGCCGCAGCUCUCCGACCUGCCCCCGAAACCUCAGCUCGGAGACCUGCCGCCCAAGCCGCAGCUCAAAGACCUCCCGCCCAAGCCUCAUCUCGCCGACAUGCCCCCGAAGCCUGGACCGGCCGAACCCUCCCCCAGGCCACCUCCUGGAGAGCCCACCACACCCAGGCCUCAAACGCAGCCGCCCCCUCCGCCCCAUCAGCAGCCUCAGGACUCGCCGUCACCUAAUCAGCAGGCAAACGUAGUGAUCCCACCUCAGCAGCCUGCAGAGGACUCCAACGGGACGUCGCCCAGCACCGCCGAGAUGCCGGUUCCCCUCCCCAGGAAGAUCAACACAGGAAAGAAUAAAGUACGUCGGGUGAAGACGAUCUACGACUGCCAGGCCGACAACGAUGACGAGCUAACAUUUGUGGAAGGAGAGGUGAUCAUAGUCACGGGAGAGGAGGAUCAGGAGUGGUGGAUCGGGCACAUCGAAGGCCAUCCGGACAGAAAGGGGGUCUUCCCCAUGUCUUUUGUGCACAUCCUGAGUGACUGACGGCGCCACAGACUUGCACUACGUCUCUCCAAGAAUCGGGAGAUCUUGUAAAUCCCUAUCGUAGAAUCACACCCCUUGUCGAACGACAAGCGUCUUGAAGAAAAAAAGAAGCAAAACUCGUCUAAGACGUGGAUGAAGACAUCCAUGCUGUACAAAGAAUGUGUGUAUUUUUCCUCUACCAGUAUUAUCUUAACCGCAUAGCAUGGCUGAGACCAAGCCACUCUCAAAAAUCCUAGCACUUAACUAAAAAGUCUAUGUUUAUGGUGUCCCUGUGUAUAUAUGUAUGUAAAUAUAUUUGUGUGAGUGUACAUACAUGUUUGAUUGUACAAAACAUGUACCACUGCUCUCUGCCCGUCACAUUUAAGCGUCAGGUCGGAUUCUACCUGCACUCGUUUUCCCGGCCCUCCAGUCGACGACAGCUUAUAGUUCUGGAGAAAGGAAAUGUGAAACGUCAUUAUCUGUGUCUUGCAUCCCUUUUAGUGGACUGAAGAGGCAGCAGUCUCCCCACUGAUGAAGAAUUUCCGUUCAGCGUUCCCCCUGUUCUUGCUUGCUUUGUGUGUAUUAUGGUUGUUUUACCGUAUAGAAACCUGCUGCUACUGUGUGGUGGAAUAUCAAAGCCCGUGGUUCACUAUAGGUCACUAAUUUCCCCGUUGCACUGUUCACUGUGUGCGCCUCGUGUGUGAGCUCAUCUCCACGGUCCUGACCCUUCCUGUGCAUGGUGGAACGACGACUGGAAUCGAGUGAAGUGCUGCGUUCGAACACGCUCACCUCAGGGUUUGAAGAGCCACUAUUAAGCAGGACUUCAAACACAUCCUGCUCUUUUAGCCACUAUCAAGUAUGGGAAACUCCAGAGGACAGCCGAGCAAUAACUUGAUUUUCUGAUGUGUGACAAGCUUCACUUCUUCACGGUUCAGUGUCUUGUCAACCUUGAGCUUGAAUUUUUUUUUUUUUUUUAAUCAUUCCAUGUUACUGGAUUCAUGAAGGUUUACCUGUGAACCAUCUCCUAGAUGAAGGGCAGAGAACUGACCCGUUUUCACCUGGUCUUCACAGACUUGCAGUCCUUCCCAUGUUAAGGAACAAACCCAUCAGAUCAUUAAAGUGCUGUACUUAAACGAGU